AAGAAUUUGUGGAAGGCGGCCAGAGAGGCAGGAGAGAACCCAGCAGCCGCUUGGAUGAGCGCUUCUGCAUCUCAGGAAGAUCCGAGCCAACUGGCAUCUGGCCCACAGCCCUUCCUUGGACAUCUAAGGGCCACACACUGAGUCUCCCUGGAGAUCACAAUUUCCCCGGGACCUGCUCCGUUCUUGUUUGUUUGACUCUGGUCAACUGAACAAGAAGCUGGGAGGAACUCUGAAUGAACAGAACAAGGAACCCCCCCAAAAUCUGAAAAAUACACCAUGAAGUGCAGUGAAAAGGACUCAGCAGAUUCCAAAGACAGUAAUUUGGUGAGAAAGAAAUUGGACUGGUCCUGCUCGCUCAUUGUGGCCUCUCUCGUGGGUGCCUUUGGCUCAUCCUUCCUCUACGGGUACAACCUGUCGGUGGUUAAUGCCCCCACUCGGUACAUCAAGUCCUUCUACAAUGAAUCGUGGGAAAGAAGGCAUGGGCAUCCUAUAGACCCAGAUACUCUGACUCUACUCUGGUCUGUGACGGUGUCCAUAUUCGCAAUCGGUGGCCUCGUGGGGACUUUAAUGGUGAAGCUGAUCGGAAAAGUUCUUGGGAGAAAGUACACGCUGCUGGUCAACAAUGGGUUUGCAAUUUCUGCUGCACUGCUGAUGGCCUGUUCCUUCCAGGCAGGAGCCUUCGAGAUGCUCAUUGUGGGACGCUUCAUCAUGGGCGUGGAUGGAGGCAUUGCCCUCAGUGCACUCCCCAUGUACCUGAACGAGAUCUCGCCCAAGGAGAUCCGUGGCUCUCUGGGGCAGGUGACUGCCAUCUUCAUCUGCAUCGGUGUGUUCGCUGGGCAAGUGCUGGGCCUGCCUGAGUUGCUGGGAAAGGAGAGCACCUGGCCAUACCUGUUCGGAGUGAUUGCUGUCCCGGCCUUGGUCCAGCUGGUGAGCCUGCCCUUUCUCCCUGAGAGCCCACGCUACCUGCUCUUUGAGAAGCAUGACCAGGCGGGAGCUGAGAAAGCCUUCCAGACUUUCCUGGGCAAAGAGAAUGUCUCCCGAGAGGUGGAGGAGGUCCUGAUGGAGAGCCGCGUGCAGAGGAACAUCCAUCUGGUGUCCGUGUUGGAGCUGCUCCGGAGUCCCUCCGUGCGCUGGCAGGUCAUCACAGUGGUCGUCACCAUGGCCUGCUACCAGCUCUGUGGUCUCAAUGCGAUUUGGUUCUACACCAAUAGCAUCUUUGGAAAAGCUGGGAUCCCACCAGAAAAGAUCCCAUACAUCACCUUGAGCACUGGUGGAAUCGAGACUCUGGCCGCCAUCUUCUCUGGCUUGGUCAUCGAGCGCCUGGGACGGAGACCCCUCCUCAUGGGCGGCUUUGGGAUGAUGGCCCUCUUCUUUGGGAUCCUCACCAUCACGCUGACAUUGCAGGACCACGCUCCCGGGAUCCCGUACCUGAGUAUCAUCUGCAUCUUGGCCAUCAUCGCCUCCUUCUGCAGUGGGCCAGGGGGCAUCCCGUUCAUCUUGACUGGCGAGUUCUUCCAGCAAUCCCAGCGGUCGGCCGCCUUCAUCAUUGCAGGCACUGUCAACUGGCUCUCCAACUUCGCUGUUGGCCUCCUCUUCCCCUUUAUCCAGAAAAGUCUAGACACCUACUGUUUCCUGGUCUUCGCCGCAAUCUGCCUCGCAGGAGCUGUCUAUUUCUAUUUUGUCCUGCCUGAGACAAAAAACAGAACCCAUGCGGAAAUCAGCCAGGCAUUUGCCAAAAGGAACAAGACACACCCACCGGACAACAUUGACCCGGCUGCACCUGACACCAAGGUGACCAGAAGGCCUGAGCCAGACCCCACCUCCACUCGGGACAAUUAUGCCAAAAACGGGGUUGUCUAAAUGGAUGAUCUCGCCAUUCCAGGAGAUCAAAGAUUUCCCUACACGGUUAAUAGUAUUAAGUAUUUAAGAAUAAACCUUUGCUAAUCUAAUGUCACAACCAUUUGGGUUUUAUUCGUAGCUAAAUCUCCAAACUCUUCUGGAAGAUGGAAGGGCUGUCAGCUUAUGUUUCAGUAGAUCCACCCUUCUGUUUGUCUCGAUGGCCUGUCUCCUUCAUGACUUAGCCCAUGGUUUCAAAAUGAAAUUAGGGAAAUAGCACUUGACGACUUUCUCACAGGAAAACAAUCUAGUCUGACAAGGAGACACGAGGACAGGAAACCACAGACUGAGGUGCUGCUUCCAGCUCUGCUGUAAGUAGACUCAAGCUGCCCUCAGCCUGGCUCCUGAGACCUCAAGGGACCCUGGGCUUUGGUCCUAGAUGAACAUUUUUGGAAUUCAGUGGAAAGACUCUCUGUACCUUCUAAUAAAUACCCAUUACCAACCUGUGGCUCGGCCUUGUGGACCUCAGGCUCAAGAAGCUGAUACCAACCCACCAUCCUCCAGGUUCUGCCCCUCCCAGGCUGUGUCCCACAGGGCUAAAGACUUCCAUGCCUGAAACUGUCUUCACCUCAGAGCAUCAGAUGUGUCUCAGAAGGCAUAAAGAGGAUCAGGAUGUGGAAGAAGUAACUUUCCAGUGGCUGGGGCAGGGACUGCAAAGGGAGUUCUGUUCAACUGAAAAA